UUUGAGCAGAACUGUAAACUCAGUUAUUUCUGAAAAUCACUAAGAUCGGAUCACUUUAUGCUAUGAUGUAGGGUUGCUUCUAAAUGAGUUCUCAGCGGAGCAGUACCCAUUUUCAUACUCUGUUAUCUCCAAAUUUAAUUUGAUGUUACAACAAUCAACAAAAAAUUGGCCUACCAUGUAAUAACAUAAACAGUAAUCAUAACUAAGUUUUACUGUUUUUGCUUACCACACCAUUGAACGUCAUUCAUAGUGUGCAUAGAAUACUAAUUAAUUACAAUAGUAUGACCGGCCAAUAUAUGUAUGUAUGUAUACUGCAAAUAAUGUGGACAAGUGCGCUUGCACGCGCAAUGUAGUGACCGCGUAACAAAUUUUGCAAUAAAUAUUUUGAAACAAGACACACUGGGGCCUGAAAUGUAAGGGUUACGCGCAAUUGAUUGAUUUUUAUUAAAUUCAGUUUAAUUCGAUACUCAACAAGAAGCAGUUUAACACACAAGCAAUAUGCAAAAAAUAGCACACAUUGGUGUUGUCAUACUUGCAACGUGUUUUUUACUCCUGCAACAACAAAGCGCGCACGCCUUACUUCAUGACAUUAUUGAUGUCAUUGAUCUACAGAAUUUGGAUUUAGCCAAUUAUGAGUAUUUCCGCAAUUUACCAUCGCAGAACCCAAAACUUGCACCACAGGCGAACCUCUUCCUUGAACACUUCCAAAAGAAGAAGGCAGUACUGGACUAUGUAGAACAUUUAUUUUUUGGUACCUCACCAUUUACACAAAAGAGCGAAAUACCCUUUAAUCCACAUUUUGGAAGGGCAUGGCGCCCAUAUUUUGAACGUCGCUAUGGAAAACGCGGCGUAAACUUAGUAGAUAUGCUGGGCAAAGGAUACUCAUUGCAUGAGUUGAGGCAACAAGGUGCAAUCCCAAAGGACUUCGGCACCACAUACUAUCCAACGCGAUAA